GAGAAAGAAAUAUGGAUAUUUGGAGUAUUCGCAAAUAUGGCCAAUAGUUAUAGAAUGGUAUGGGGGAAGUUAAAAAAGUGGGGUUAGAGCGACUUGCAGAGUGAGAGGGUUUUUUUAAAAGCUAACAGACAUCCUCUGCAACUGCUAUGUUAUGUUGUUGCUUCCUCUUCAUCACUUCAUUUGUCUUCUUUUGUUAUACUUGCCCACCCCUUCCCUUCUUCUUCAUUUGUUUUUGUUUAUGCUGCUGCUUUGAUAUCCGUUGCUUCUUUUGACGUUUCUUCUUCUUCUAAUUAUAUAAGUAUAUUUCUAUAUUGAAAUACAGGAUCUCCACUAUCCACUUUUCUUUAUUCCUCUUUGCCUUUUCCCUUAGUAUAUACACACUCAAAAAGAAACGUUUAUUGGUCAACCUUCAUUUUCACUUUUCAGAUUAAUUUUUUUAUCUGCUCCUCCCGCUCUUCCACAAACUCACGUUAAAGUGGAGAGUCGGAGAUUACGAAGCUAGCCUACAUAUAUAUGUUUACAAAAACAAGAACGACCCAUUCAUACAUAUGAAAUUUUUUUCUGUUUGAUUGAUGGGAAAUUGACAAGGAUAAGUUAAUUUGUCUUUGUUUUGAACUGGGGGUGUGUUAAGAAAUGGCGUGUAAUCAUCUAACAGAUAUGCAAGAGCCAAGCAUAGAUACAGAUAAGUUAAGCUACGAGAUUUUCUCUAUUCUAGAAAGCAAGUUCUUAUUUGGUUACGAUGAUCAGAAGCUUUGGAUUCCUAAACAAAUAGCUCCGGCAGUUGAACAUCACAAGAACGUUAACGAGGUUGUGUUGACAUCAUCACCGGUGAGGGAGGGGCACGGCGUUCAGGCAAUUAAAAAUCAGAGGGGUAAAGUCUGUAUCCUCAGCAUAGAUGGUGGUGGAAUGCGAAGCAUCCUAUCAGGAAAAGCUUUAGCGUAUCUUGAACAGGCGUUGAAGGUUAAAUCGGGAAAUCCAGAUGCUAGAAUCGCCGAUUAUUUCGACGUCGCUGCCGGUUCCGGCGUCGGAGGAAUAUUCACCACCAUGCUCUUCUCUACCAAGGACCAAAACCGCCCCUUGUUUCACGCUGAGGACACGUGGAAGCUUCUAGCAGAACAAAGCAAAAAAUUCUACCCUACCAAAGGUUCAAAUUCCGGCGGUUUCCUCAGGCGAAUUAUCUGCAGCGGAGGCGGUGGUGGUUCGACCGGUUCAGCCACGACCGGUUUGGAGAAGUCGAUGAAGGAGGCCUUUGUAGAUAAAACCGGUCGAAGCCUCACGUUAAAGGACACGUUGAAACCGGUUUUAAUCCCAUGUUACGACCUUUCAAGUACGGCGCCAUUUUUGUUUUCCAGAGCUGAUGCUUUAGAAACCGACAGCUUCGACUUCCGGCUAUGGGAGGUUUGCAGAGCCACGUCAGCAGAGCCGGGAGUGUUCGAGCCGGUUUGUAUGAAGUCCGUCGACGGGAAAACCAAGUGCGUGGCGGUUGACGGGGGAUUAGCCAUGAGCAACCCGGCGGCGGCGGCGAUUACCCACGUGCUUCACAACAAGCAAGAAUUCCCCUUCGUGAGAGGUGUGGAGGACAUUUUGGUACUUUCACUAGGGACAGGUCAGCUCCUUGAAGGAAGCUUUGAAUAUGAGCAAGUCAAGAAUUGGAAGGCAAAAGACUGGGCUCGACCAAUGGCUCGAAUUUCUGGCGAUGGCUCCGCUGAUGUGGUGGACCACUCAGUUGCCAUGGCUUUUGGCCAAUACCGUAGCAGUAAUUACGUGCGCAUUCAGGCUAACGGAUCGAGCUUUGGUCGUUGUGGGGUGAAUGGAGACGCUGACCCAAGUCCGAGCAAUGUGAAAACGUUGGUUGGGAUAGCAGAUGAAAUGCUGAAACAGAAAAAUGUAGAGUCAGUGCUUUUCGGUGGCAAGAGAAUUGCAGAGGAAAGCAAUUUUGAUAAACUUGAUUGGUUUGCUGGAGAAUUAGUGCAAGAACAUCAGAAAAGGAGUUGCCGGAUAGCUCCCACUGUUGCAUUUAAGCAAGCUACACCGAAAGCUUCCCAAACAUCUCUCAAAUAGUAAACCAAGUCAAGCAAAAUUAAAAAAAGAAAAGAAAAAAAAGAAGGAAAACGAUGUGCUGAUUAGGAAAAGAAAAAGAAUUGAAGAAGAUGGAGAUGAAAUAGCAGCUUUUACUUUUUUGGUAUAGCUAGUAAGAUGGAAAAGCCAGUGCUUUUUCUGAAAUUGAAAUGAAAAAGACACUCAACUUAACUGUAAAAACAAAAUGGGAAAAGAUGGAACCGUUGAAUGAUCUUUGUUGGGAUUCUUUUGCUUGACAGAGGACAGGCAUUUGUUUUGGCCAUUCCUUCUUGAUAGAGGUCGAAGACAAAACGAGUCCUUUUUUUCCCUUUCAUUUCAGAACUUGGGGACAGGAAGGGGGUUGUUUCCUUUUAAUUUCCUUUCUUGCCCUUGGUUUAGUAGUGUUAUUUUUCUUCUUUUGAGUAAUAUAUUGUGGUUGGAUCUACUUUUUGUAUCUUCUGUGGAUGGAGGGCAUUAUUGGGAAAAUAUCAGCCCCUUUUUCGUUGUUUCUUUUUCUUGUUUGGAAAGUAGGGAAAAGGAAAUGAGAUGUAAGUUAAUUAUAGAAGUUAGUGUUUGUGGGAGAAAUUUUUUUGGA